AUGAUGGAGAAAAAGCACGUGGGUGCUUGUCUCCCAGGAGAGGUGAAUGCCUGCCGCACUGCUGUUGGGAGUGGGCUCCUGGGUCCUGUUUGUCAAGAAGACCCUCCUAGGAGCAAGGUGGAGGAGGUGCCUGACCUGGAGCAGCGACAGAGGGCUGACUUAAACCUAGAUUUGCAGACGAGAAGAGGCCGACACGGCUGCCUGGCUGCCUUCAGGAUCCCAGAUGGGGCUUCACCGGGGCAGGCUUCAGAGAGGGACAGACAAACCGGGAACGAAAGGCCUUCGACAACUUCUCCCUCACCCCAGCCAGCUGCUGAGAAGAACUCCUACCUCUACUCCACGGAGAUCACGCUGUGGACAGUGGUGGCUGCUAUCCAGGCCUUGGAGAAGAAAGUGGACUCCUGUCUGGCCCGCUUGCUGACUCUGGAGGGACGGACCGGGACAGCGGAGAAGAAGCUGGCUGACUUUGAGAAGGCGACCUUGGAGUUCGGGAACCAGCUGGAGGGCAAGUGGGCCGUGCUGGGGACCCUGCUGCAGGAGUACGGGCUGCUGCAGAGGCGGCUGGAGAACAUGGAGAACCUGCUGAGGAACAGGAACUUCUGGAUCCUGCGGCUGCCCCCGGGCAGCAAGGGAGAGGCCCCCAAGGUGCCCGUGACCUUUGAUGAUGUGGCCGUGUAUUUCUCCGAGCUGGAGUGGGGCAAGCUGGAUCCUUGGCAGAAGAAUCUGUACAAGCACGUGAUGAGGGGCAACUACGAGAUGCUGGUCUCCCUGGAUUAUGCCAUCUCCAAACCAGACAUCCUCACUCGGAUAGAGAGGGGAGAGGAGCCUUGUCCUGAAGGCCUGUGGGGCCAGGAGGAGGGGGAAGAGAGAGAGGCAGCUUGCCCAGGCAGGCUGGACGCUGUUCCAGAGCACAUUCCCAGCCCAGUCAGGUCUGACCAGGAGGGUCCAAAUGAAAGGCAGGCCCCCGAGCACCAGAGAGACUCAGGAGCAAGAGUAACUCCACCUGGAACAAGCACGGGGCCCCCAGCCAGUACCAGCAUUUUGUCCGCAAUUAAACUGGAGGAAGAUUCUUCAGAUGGGGAGUCCCCUGUCUCCCCUCCUAGGGACAUCCUGCCCAGCAUGGGGCUAGGUUUUAUUUCCCUGCGGCUCUGGGGACCCAGAGCCUCUGUGGUCUGGUCUUCCCUCACUGUGGUCCAGCCUGACUGGAAAGUGCUGCUGGGAAGCGAGCUGCAUGUCGCCAGGUGGUGCUGGAGGUGUGGUCAUCAAGACGGAGGCACAGUCCGAGGACGAGAUGAUGCCGGAGCAGCUCUUCCUGGGCAAGCCCCCCGGCCAGACCCCGAGUACAGUCCCCAAGGGGCCCAAGAGCAGGACUGGGGGUCCCCGCCAGCUUCAUGCCCAGGGAGUGCCCAGGGUGCGGGCAGGGGACCCUCGGCCUCGGCCCGCAGGGGCGGUGGGGGAGGUCGCCACAAGGGGGACGGGGGUGCCUCAGGAAGCAAGCCCAAGAAGCUCCUUCUGAGCAAAAGGUCCAGGUUUGGGUGA